GGCGUUGGUUUUUUCUCAGAGAAAUGAAAGCGUGGAAUUGGAAGUGUGCUGAAGGUAAGAAAAGGAGAAUUAGGACAAGGGUAAAACUGAAAUAACUUAUAAUUGCAAGGGAUAGGAUAGUAAUUUUGUUAGUUAACUUAAAAUUCUAAAAAAAUAAACAUCUAUUAAACUACUUAUUGAUUUUGAUAUUAAAAAAAAAUUAAAAUCAACUUAUUUUAAGCAACUUAAAAUUUUGUCAAACACCAAUACAAGCAAAAAAGUGCUUAUAAGUUGGUAAAAAUCAUUUUGAUCAACUUAUAAGCACUCCCAAACACCCUCUAAAUCAUAAAGUAUAUGCAAAUUUUAUAGACAAAAAAGUUUAUUUUAAAUAAAUCUCAGCCUGAAAAAAGCCCAAACCAAUAUAAAGAAAGAAGAAGAAAAAAUAAUGAUAAGAAACCAUAGAGAAUCGUACUAUUAUUCCAUAAUUCAAAAUAUCAUCAAUGGUGGAGGGGUAUGUGUGGGCAAUAGCCGCUGGAUUCAACGCUGCUCUUGCUGCCAUCUCUGCUAAAUUCUUCUCCUCACAGCUCAUUAAAUGUGGCUGUGUCAUAUUAUUCAAUGUCACUAUGUGGGGAUGCUACGUAAACAGCCUUAAAGCUCUUUCAUCUCUACAAGCUACUGUGACAAACUUUGCAACCAACUUUUUAUCAUCUGGAUUGGCUGGAUUUUUGCUUUUCAGGGAGCCGCUACCAAUCCAGUGGUUUGCAGGUGCCUCACUUAUUGUGCUUGGAGUCAUCGUUUUGAGCAAGUCAAGCAUAGUGAAGAAAACUCAUACAAGUUAGAUGGAGCCUUUCUGGAUUUAGUUUCCAUUUCAACUCAUACAAGUUUGAAGGUGUGAGCCAAAUAUCAGAUGUAGAUUUUAAUGGCCUUAACAUGAACUACAGUGGAAGUUGUGGCUCAAAAUGAGCUUAUAUUGCAUUAUUGCGACUAUGUUGAUAAUUUUUGCUCCCUUGGUGAAUCAAAAUCAUCAUGAUCUUAGCGUUGGA